AUGUGGAUCUACGCGGGCAACGGCUGCGGGGUGGCCAUCGCUAUCAAUCACAUGACCUGUGGUCCUGCCUGCCUGCCACCCCUCCCACGAUCCAGCCCCCGCUCCAGCCUCCGCACUGAUCCACCCACGCUCCAGCCCCCGCACCAAUCCACCCACGCUCCAGCCCCAGCACUGAUCCACCCACGCUCCAGCCCCAGCACUGAUCCACCCACGCUCCAGCCCCCACACCUAUCCACCCACGCUCCAGCCCCAGCACUGAUCCACCCACGCUCCAGACCCCGCACCGAUCCACCCACGCUCCAGCCCCACCCCAGCACUGAUCCACCUACGCUCCAGACCCCGCACCGAUCCACCUACGCUCCAGACCCUGCACCGAUCCACCCACGCUCCAGCCCCAGCACUGAUCCACCCACGCUCCAGACCCCGCACCGAUCCACCCACGCUCCAGCCCCAGCACUGAUCCACCCACGCUCCAGACCCCACCCCGCACCGAUCCACCCACGCUCCAGCCCCAGCACUAAUCCACCUACGCUCCAGCCCCCGCACCAAUCCAGCUCCCGCUCCAGCCCCCACACCGAUCCACCCACGCUCCAGCCCCCACACCAAUCCACCUACGCUCCAGCCUUCGCACCGAUCCAGCCCCCUCUCCAGCCCCCGCACCGCUCCAGCCCCCGCUCCAGCCACCACACCAAUCCACCGAUGCUCACAGCCAGGCUUUCAUGGCCCUGUUAG